AUGUCCCUUUUCACAUCCUUUCUUCUGCUGUGUGUGGGAACGGCAGUUUAUGCAGAGACCUUAAUUGAAGGUGCUCAAAAUGCCUGCCCUGUGGUUACCUGCAGUUCUCCAGGCCUGAAUGGCUUCCCAGGCAAAGAUGGACGUGAUGGUGCCAAGGGGGAAAAGGGAGAACCAGGUCAAGGGCUCAGAGGCUUGCAGGGCCCUCCUGGAAAAGUAGGACCUGCAGGAUCCCCGGGGAAUCCUGGGUCAAAAGGAGCAGUGGGACCGAAAGGAGACCGCGGACACUGUGUAGAUUGUGAUACUAGCAAAAUCGAUUUAGAAAUUGCAGCCCUGCAAUCAGAGAUGAGAGCCCUGAGAAGGUGGGUGCUCUUCUCUCAGGGUGAGAAAGUUGGAAAGAAGCACUUUAUGAGAAUUCCUGAAAAGAUGAGCCUUGGCAAAGUGAAGGCUCUGUGCUCCGACCUCCAUGGCUCUGUGGCCACUCCCAGGAAUGCUGAGGAAAACAGCGCCAUCCAGAAUGUGGCCAAAGAUAUUGCCUACUUGGGCAUAACAGACAGGAGGGUUGAAAACAUUUUUGAGGAUCUGACUGGAAACACAGUGCAAUACACUAACUGGAAUGAUGGGGAGCCCAACAACGUGGGCUCUGGAGAAGACUGUGUGGUGAUCUUGACAAAUGGCAAGUGGAAUGAUGUCCCUUGCUCUGACCCUUUUUUGGCAGUCUGUGAAUUCUCUGACUGA